AUGCCGGGCAAAGUCUCACCAAAAGAGCCCAUCGCUAUUGUGGGCAGCGCCUGCCAUUUUGCUGGGGAUGUAGGCUCAACUUCGAAAUUAUGGGAGCUCCUGAAAGAACCGCGGGAUGUACGCCGCGAAAUACCGGAGUCCCGCUUUAGUGCCCAAGGAUUUCACCAUCCGGACCAUUCUCACCAUGGACGUUCUAAUGUCACGCACUCGUAUCUGUUGAACGAAGAUCCAAAGGCAUUUGACGCUGAGUUCUUCGGCGUGAACCCUAUCGAGGCGCGAGCAAUGGAUCCACAACAGCGAAUGCUGUUGGAGACGGUCUACGAGGCAUUAGAAUCGGGUGGUAUGACGAUUGAGAAUUUGCGAGGCAGCGAUACUUCUGUCUUUGCUGGAGUUAUGUGUGGCGACUAUGAAGCCAUGCUUUUGCGAGAUCUAGAUGAAAUCCCGACAUAUUUUGCGGUAGGAACCUCACCAGCUGUGUUGUCGAAUCGUAUCUCGUAUUUCUUCGAUUGGCAUGGAGCGUCUGUGACUACCGAUACGGCUUGUUCCUCAAGUCUAGUCGCAGUCCACUCCGCUGUACAAACACUGAGAUCAGGGGAUUCUCGUAUGGCAGUAGCAUGCGGGUCUAACGUCAUUCUCGGGCCAGAGAUGUACAUAAUCGAGAGCAAGCUCAAGAUGUUGUCCCCGGAUGGACUAGGUCGGAUGUGGGAUAAAGAUGCGAAUGGAUACGCUCGCGGCGAUGGCGUAGCUGCAGUAAUACUCAAAACCCUCAGUGCCGCGCUGGAAGACAACGAUCACAUAGAAUGCAUCAUUCGAGAGACGGGGCUCAACCAAGACGGUGCAACUGCAGGACUCACCAUGCCUAGCGCUACGGCGCAAAAGGCCUUGAUCCAGGCCACGUAUGCCAAGGCCGGUCUUGAUAUUGGGUCCGUAGCAGAUCGGCCCCAGUACUUUGAGGCUCACGGCACUGGUACUCCAGCAGGAGAUCCAGUGGAAGCCAAAGCUAUCAGCACUGCCUUCUUCAAGCACGAUCAGUUGAAGAGUAGAGCAGAGACAAGCAACAAUCCUUUAUACGUUGGCUCCAUCAAGACCGUGCUUGGUCACACGGAAGGCACGGCUGGUGUAGCUGCAAUCCUGAAGGCAUCACUUGCCCUACAGAACUCCUGCAUCCCACCCAAUCUCCUGUUCAACAAUAUCAACCCGUCUAUUGUACCUUUCUAUAGGGAUCUCAAAAUUCUUAAGGAUGCUCGGCCCUGGCCCGCUGUUCCUCCGGGCCAACCGAGGAGAGCCAGCGUCAACAGCUUCGGUUUCGGCGGUGCUAAUGCCCACGCUAUUCUGGAGAAUUACGAGAGCUCAGCAGACGCUUGCCAGGUUGAAGUCAGCGCAGACACCCUUUUCACUCCAUUUGUAUUCUCCGCUGCUUCGGCUGAUUCGCUUCGAGGCAACCUCACCGCUUAUGCCAAGUACCUGGACGCUCAUACCGAUGUGAACAUUGGCGAUCUCGCCUACACGUUGCGUGAACGACGCUCCACUCUCCCACAACGUGUGUCGUUACCAGCAACGAAUUCAUCUUCGGAACUUGCAACUGCAAUUCGUGUGAUGCUGGAAGAUGAAAAAAAGAAAAUCGGUAUCAGAACACUACCUGGCAAGAGCGCUGGCACCCCUAGGCUCCUCGGAGUAUUCACUGGACAAGGCGCCCAGUACGUGCGUCAGGGAGCUGAACUGAUUGAACAAUCUCCCUUCGCCCGACGAAUUAUCCAGGCACUCGAAGUGGACUUGGCUAGUCUACCCGCGGAGGAUCGGCCUACCUGGUCUCUUGAAGCCGAAAUUCUUGCCGGUUCUUCAACACCCUCAAGAAUCAACGAGGCAGUUAUUUCACAACCGCUAUGCACCGCGAUACAGAUAUUGAUGGUAGAGCUACUCCGCGCAGCAGAUGUUCAUUUCGAUGCGGUGGUAGGCCAUUCUUCUGGCGAAAUUGCUGCUGCCUACACCGCGGGCUUCCUGACCGCGCGUGAUGCAAUAUAUAUUGCUUACUAUCGAGGUCUGCACUGCAAGCAUGCAGCGAGUCCUAACGGCGAGAUGAAGGGAGCUAUGCUUGCUGUCGGAACUUCCAUAGAGGACGCUCUCCAGCUUUGUGAAGAUGAGGAAUUCGCGGGCCGCAUCGGUCUAGCCGCCAGCAACUCUAGCUCGAGCGUGACUAUAUCUGGAGAUGAGGAUGCGAUCGAGGAACUAGAGUUCAUCCUUGAGGACGAGAAGAAAUUCCACCGACGCUUGAGAGUGGAUAUGGCCUACCAUUCACACCACAUGGAGCCUUGUUCAGGGGGCUACAUCGACUCACUGCAGCGCGCUGGCGUCAAGGCACGCCCCCCUCCGUCUUCCUCGUCGUCACCUUGCACUUGGUAUUCAAGUGUUUACGACGGGAAGCCUAUUGAGUUAUCGACAGAGCUCAACGACGUGUAUUGGGCACAAAACAUGACGAGACCGGUACUGUUUACUCUAGCACUCAAGUCUGCCCUCGUUGCGAACCCAGUGUCCGCUUUGGGUGCGGUACUUGAGCUCGGCCCACACCCAGCACUCAAGGGUCCUGCGUCCCAGACAAUUCAGGAAACAAUCCAGGACGGCAUUCCGUAUCACGGCACUUUGUCUCGCGGUAUUAAUGCUAUCGCGGCAUUUUCAACAUGUCUGGGGUUCUUGUGGGAGCGGAUGGGCGGGCUGUCUUCAUCGAUCGACAUGGGACGUUGUCAGAGGAUCUUGUCAACCUCGGGGAAGAUAGCACGAUUCAACUUACUGAAAGGACUACCCACGUACCAGUGGAAACACGAUGUCCAUUACUGGCACGAGUCCCGGAGAUCUCGGCGGAUUCGCUCGAGAUCAGAGCCCUACCAUCCCCUUUUGGGAGACAAAUCCCCUGAUAGUGCCGCUCACGUUCUACGCUGGAAGAACAUACUCAGGCCAAGCAAGGUCCAAUGGCUUGAGGGUCAUCAAGUCCAAGGGCAAAUAGUAUUCCCGGCUUCUGCAUAUAUCAGUACAGCAGUAGAGGCUGCAACGUCUCUCGCUCGAGGGAGGACUAUCAGACUCAUUGAGCUGAGCAACUUUACAAUUCACCAAGGACUUGGAUUCGAAAGCCGUGAAGCUGGGAUCGAGGUACAGAUAGAGUUAUCCCGGGUCUCACAGCUUAAGUCAGAAUGCUUCACCUCAUACUUUACCUAUUCGGCUGCCAUGGGAGGAAACGAAGAAUCAGAGCUAACGCUGAUUGCCGAUGGAGAGCUGAAAGUACAUCUGGGAGACGCCUCACUCAGCUUGCUACCCCCGCGUCAGCCAACAGCUCCACAUUUGUUGACCGUGGACCCUGUACGUUUGUACAAUUUCAUGGAGAGCUUGGAAUACAACUUCAGCGGACCUUUCCUCUCUCUGGUAGAGCUUAGGAGGAAGUUGGGUAUAGCUUCAUGCGUUGCCAAGAGGGCAAAAGCAUCAUCACAGCCCGAUGCCGACUUGCUGCUGAUCCAUCCUGUCGAGCUAGACGCUGCUAUUCAGUCUGUCAGCCUGGCGUACAGCUAUCCUGGCGAUGAACAAUUGAGGCUCUUACACAUGCCGACAACAAUUGCCAAGAUCCGGAUCAAUCCGGCUGUGUUGGCCCUACAACAAAAGCAACGGACUGCCGACGAUGACAACACCGUUGGUAUCGACUCGUCAUGUAACCGAGACCGUCGAGCAAAGCCCGGGUCAGGGUUUUCUGGCAACUUCAACAUAUACGUCAAGGGCUGUCCUAAUGCCGCCAUUCAAGUGGAUAAAGUGAAGUUCCAACCAGUCAGGUCAUCGGCUAGUGAUGAUAGAAAUGUCUUUUACAAGAUGCAAUAUGUGCCAUGCGAGCCAGAUGGCACCCUUGCUGCUGCCAGCAUCCCAGUUACGAAAUCUGAUACCGAUUUGCUGUGGGCAUUCAGCCGAAUUGUGUGCUAUUAUCUGCGGGAAUUUGACAGAGUCCCGGAGGAUUCCUUGGCAAGGUCGGACAGCACCCUUGAGCAUUACCUGAAUUAUGCAAGACAUAUGACCACCCUUCUCAAAAAUGGUGGGCAUAGAUAUGGGAAAGUUGAGUGGCUCAAUGAUAACCUUGAGGAUAUCAUGGCGGAGGUUGAGUCGAAAGGACUCGCCGAAAAUCCCGUUGUCAAGAUCAUGCUGCUUGUAGGCAACACCAUGCCGAAGGUCUUCAGAGGAGAAACUACCAUGUUGGAGCACUUUCGUACCUCUGGUCUUCUAGAUGAGUAUUACGCGAAAGGAUUCGGCACUGCUCAAUCAACAAUGUGGCUGAGCAAUGUCGUCAAACAAAUUACCGAUCGCCGCCCUCAUUUGAACCUCCUGGAAAUUGGCGCUGGUACUGGCGGCGCCACGAAGCAGAUCCUUCGUACAAUUAAUCGAGACUUCGACUCGUACACAUUCACCGACAUAUCAUCAAGCUUCUUUGAGAAUGCUGCUGGUAACCUCUCAGAGUGGAGAGAUCGUAUGGUCUUCAAAGUAUGCGAUGCUGAGCAGGACCCUCUCGACCAAGGCUUUGUCGAGGGGCGUUACGAUGUGGUGAUAGCCUUUCUCGUCGUGCACGCUACGGCUAGACUGGACGAGACCAUGCGCAACCUCCGUAAGCUGCUCAAGCCCGGUGGUUUCUUGCUCAUUGGUGAGGGCAAUAGCGAAGGCCCGAUGCAAGCCGGGGCCAGUUACAUAUUUGGUCCGCUGCCUGGAUGGUGGCGCGGAGUUGAUGAGGGUCGGACCCUCACACCCUUCAUCAAUGUUGAAGAAUGGGAUGCGAUUUUAAAACGUACCGGGUUCUCUGGUAUCGAUACAAUAUCACCCCAACAACUGCUGGAUACCUUUGGCACAAUUCUAUUCGUUUCCCAAGCGACAGACCAGCGCAUUGAAUCUAUCCGAGCACCACUCAAGUCUCCAGUCAAUCCCUUUUCAAUGAAGAAACUCGUAAUUGUGGGGGGAAAGACGCCUGAGGUCGCCACUGUCGCUGAGCAACUCGCGAGCAUUCUCAGGCCUUCUUUCAGUCAGACAAAUAUCUGUGUCACUCUCGAGGAUCUGGAACAUGUUGUGCUGGAAGAACAUGUAUACGUUAUUGGCUUGAUCGAGCUCGAGCAACCGGUCUUCAAAGGAAUCACUCAUGAAAGAUGGUCAGGGUUCAGAGAGCUAUUUAUCGGUGAGAAAACUGUCCUUUGGCUCACGAGUGGCCGUCUCGAGGAUGAACCUUACGCGAAUAUGACCGUUGGCUUCGGCCGUUCAGCGAUACAUGAAGAAGAAGAUCUAGUCCUACAGCUACUCGACAUCCCUAACCGGAAGCUUGUCGAUGCCCACAAAAUAGCAGAGACCUUUAUCUGCCUCGCAGCAAAACAUCCAUCUGGGCCGGACCUUCUCUACACUUUGGAGCCAGAAGUCGUCACAGACGCAGAGGGCCACCAAUUGGUUCCUCGACUAUGCCCCAUCCAGGGCGCAAACGAUCGGCUGAACUGCAUCCAGCGACCAAUAGUCCAUCAGGUCGACGCGGAGAAUUCGAAACUUGAGCUUCAAUCGGAUCAUGACGGGUAUAGCCUCCGACAGCUUUCACGAUUUGAGGUUUCGAACUUGACUAAACAAUCCACAUCCAUCGAGCUUCGUACCACAAAAUCUAUGUUGUCGGCAAUAAGAACCCCAGCUGGCCAGAUGUUCCUCGCUGUGGGCGUUGACCCUACAGGAUUACGCUAUCUCACACUCACCUCAUCCCUCACAUCGGUCAUCAAGACUCCCGAAGAGCUGGCCAUCCCUAUUGUUGCACCCCGCCUUGCGGAUAAUGACAUCCUCAUCCUCACAGCAGCCCAGCUUUUAGGGAUUGCCAUUGUGGAGCCGCUGCUCCCUGGCCAGAAGAUGAUUCUACACGAUGCUCCCAAAGUUUUAAGUCAAGCUAUUGAAUCGCAGGCUCUGUCGAAGGGGAUUCAUGUGGUCUGCACGACAGAUGAGACUGACGGAGAAUCGAUACCAAGUUCUUGGAUCCAGCUAUCACCCAAUAUGAGUUCUGCGGAUCUUGAUCUAAUGAUCCCUACAGAUGUUGCUUCACUUAUUAGCUUUUCAAAGGAAGUUUCGGAAAACGAGGAGACCAUAUCAUCUUUGGUGCCCCCCUAUUGCCGGAAGGAUAACACACGCACCCUGUUCUCUCGCACCAGAGUGGACUAUAGUCACAAGUCGCUAUCGAUUCUUUCGCGGUCACUUGAAACGGCCAUUGGAUAUGCUCAAAGUCAAUCGUACGAGCGUGUUGCAGAGUCUAUCAGCUUGGAGACUAUCAUUCGUGGCGAGUGCCCUGCCGACCCAUUGACUGUUUUGGAUUGGACAUCCUCGUCAGCUCAUCUUCCCGCACGAGUCACCAGGUUCGACACGAGACCACUUUUCAGAGGUGACAGAACCUACUGGAUAUGCGGUCUCUCUGGCGCUCUGGGUAUCUCAUUAUGCGAUUGGAUGAUUGGUCGGGGCGUGAGGCACCUGGUCUUGACUAGUCGGAACCCCAGGAUCGAUCCCGUGUGGAUCGAGGAUCACAAGCGCAACGGUGCUAAUGUUGAGAUCUUUUCAUGCGACGUGACAGAUGAAGAGGCCCUCAGGGCCGUGCAUGACAGGAUCGUCGCCUCUCUUCCACCCGUUGCCGGUGUGCUGAACGGUGCUAUGGUUCUCAGGGACGUUUCGGUCCGCAACAUGUCAUUUGACCAAGUUACAGAUGUUGUCGGUCCAAAAGUUCUCGGCAGUAUACAUCUUGACCGUAUUUUCCACGACACAGAACUGGACUUCUUCAUUCUCCUCUCUUCAAUCAACUGUAUAAUUGGCAACGUCGGCCAGGCAAACUAUGCCGCAGCAAAUAUGGGCAUGUGUGGCUUAGCCGCUCAUCGCCGAAAACGUGGUCUCGCCGCAACGGUCAUCAAUGUCGGCGCUGUCAUUGGAGCAGGGUACAUCACCGAGUCUGACCGUCAACUUGAUGCGGUGGUUGCGAAAAUGGCUAUGAUCCACCUAUCAGAAGACGACUUCCAUCAGAUCUUCGCUGAAGCUAUAAAUGCUGGGCAUGUCGAUUCGCCCGAUGGGCCAGAGAUAUCGACCGGGCUUCUUGAUAUUUCGGCUGAUGCGAGCAACAUUCCUAAGUGGUACUCGGACCCUAAAUUCUCUCGGUUCAUCGUCCACAAAUCGAGCAGCAGCGGGGACCAGAAGAGGCACACAAAGGCUGUGUCCAUACAAGACCGUCUUUCAGCGUGCCAGUCGGAGAAAGACAUCCUCCAUGUCGCGAAAGAGGGUCUGGCCGCCCAGCUGCGCACAAUCCUACAAUUAUCGACGGCUGAUGAUGAUCUCAUGUCGAUGCGUAGUGUCGACCUCGGGUUGGAUUCGCUAGUCUCAGUCGACAUCCGUUCCUGGUUCUUGAAGAACUUCGAAGUUAGCAUUCCUGUGCUUAAGAUCAUGGCAAACGAUGUUUCAAUGAUGACCCUCGCCGAGUUGGCCGCUGAAGGGGUACCUGCUGAACUGACUCCUCAAGUCGGGAGGCAAGGACAGUCCCAAAGCUCAGAUGACACCAGCUCGACGGGCGACGACAUCCCUCGAACUCCGGGUUCUGAAAGUACUUCAAAGGAUUUCUCUUCAGACACCGAUAUGACUACGCCAAUUACUCCGACAGAAACCAAAGACCUGUCAGUUGCCGCUUCUAUCAGAAACGCAAUCGAUUGGGACGCCGAGGUACGAUUACCAGAGCCGGAUCGCUUUGGUAAGAUGAAUACUGGCAAAUCUCCCAGCGCCCAGCCCCGUAUCGUCCUUCUCACUGGCUCGAGUGGGCUCCUUGGCCAUCACUUGCUCAAACGGUUGUCGUCAGAACCCUCAAUAGUCAAAAUAAUCUGUGUGGCUGUUCGCCGCCUAUCAGAAAGGCUCGGUCUCGCCGCAGAGGAAGCUUCAGAAAUAUUCACGGAAGUCGAUGCCGUGAUUCAUAAUGGGUCGGAUACUUCGCAUCUCAAGUACUAUUCGGCCGUGCGAGAAUGCAACGUUGAGUCGACUCCCGGGAUGCAGACCUUUCCAGAAGUCUCAACCACGGCGAGCGGAAUCAGACCCCCAGCCGAUGGUGCCCAUGGCUACAUGUGCAGCAAAUGGGUCUGCGAAUACCUUCUCGAGGGAGUCAGCGCAGCUCAUGGCUUACGGAUCUCUAUCAACCGGCCCUCAACGAUUGUGCGAGAGGGCGAAGACGCUACGACCGCGGAGGCAGAAUUCGAUUGGGUGAACGCGCUUUUGCACUAUUCACAUCGGAUCCGUGCCGUGCCCAGGGCCGAGCACAAUCAAGGCGCUUUCGAUCUUGUCUACAUCCGGACCGUUUGCAAUGACAUUAUGAAAGAGCUUUUCCGCAUCGAUCAUGGCAAUACACUCACAUAUACGAACAAUGUUGGCGAUGUUGUCAUCCCGAUGAGAAGGAUGGCCGAGAUUGGGAAGACUGUAGGCAACGAGGAGCUAUACCGGACACUUCGUUUCGAUCAAUGGGCAGAUGAGGCUAUCAAGGCUGGGUUGCAACCGGCAGUAGCCGCCCUGAUCGAAACUUUUGACGAACCCAAGACAGCAUGGCCGGCCCUCGUAAGGGGGAAGGGAUCGUAG